AUGCGAUGUGAUGGCAAACGACCCAUUUGUAGCCAGUGUGCCCUAAGAGGGAAGACGUGUGACUGGGAUACACCAGCCUGGACCUUUGUUUCUCAAAACAGCUCUUCGCCGAAUGGCUCCGCUUCUAUCGAGGAUGCUGAGCUACGUCAUGGUCACUCCACGCCCAUGACAUCGACCUGUCUUUCUGGCAGUCGCAGGUCCCUAAUUGAAGCCAUCACGCAAGCUUAUAUUCCCCGAGAGGAAACUUGCUCGAUAUAUCCCGCCGCGAAUGAUGUCCCGAGAGUGUGUGGUGCGUGGGUUGGGGUCUUAGCAACGCUUGUCGAAGGACCCUGCCCUCCCUCGAGUCGCUAUGAACGUGUCUUGGCCCCUGCAGUAACAGCAUUGAGUUUAUGCCUUACAUCUAAAUCAGAUGCGCAGAAGGUACAAAGUUAUGCUUCCGCGAUUGAUGCUCUUCGAUCAGACACCCAAAUACUCGAAGAAGCCCUAGAUGCUGAAUUUGCUGCUGCUAUAAUGUGCCUGGUCCUAGCAGAGCUCAUGUUCCCUGACUCGCGCUUUGGUCUUGCUAUGCAUGUAAAUGGUGUAGCCGGGCUGUUCGAAACUAGCGGACCGGACCGAUUCAAGUCAGGAGCUCUGCAGAGCCUUUUUGUUGGAUUUCGACCUCUACUAAUGGUUCAAGCCAUUCAAUCCAGAAAGGCAACCUUCAUCGCAUCAAAGGAAUGGAUUGAGAUACCACUUUCUACUUACAAUCCAUCUUUAAUGCAGCAGCUCAUCAAUCUCGUUGCAAAACUUCCGUUCCUUCUCGAGGAAGCCGACCGGUUUACAAGAACACCCUGUGAAACAGAAAGUGCCCAGGUAUCAAAGCUGUGGGACGCCUAUACAGAGUUACUUUUACAACUGGAAAGGUGGGAGGAAGCACUCAAUUGUGAGAGGCCCGGCUUCUGGGCCCAGUCUUCCCACUCAACCCUACGGAUACCGAGUCCUCCAGGUACACCUCUCUGGUUCACAAACAUCACGAUGGCAAAUUUCUGGGCGCACAUGUGGGCUUUUCAGGUCAUAUGCGUCGUCGAGCUUGGUCGCUUAGGGACUUCAUUCCAAAAUUGGGGAUCUCAGCCCUUCGAGCAAGGGAGGUUCUUCUGUUUUGAAGACUCUCAACGAGAUAUACUAUCCAUCUCACGCAAGAUAUGUCUUGGUAUGGAAUACCUUGUGCAAGAUGACAUGAAGUUAUUUGGACCUGCAUCUGCAAUUCUUCCAUUGGAAACUGCUUACAAAGUGUUCAGCAAGGAUAAUCAAAGUAAUAUGCGAGAAAUGAUGUAUAUUAAGAGGAUAGUGGACUGCCUCGUCGAGAGAGGACUUCAGUCUACACCUUAUCUUGUUUAUGGAUAA